CAGUCUGGGACUGAAAAAGAGACACAGACAGAGAAAAAGUGAGAGAGGAGGGUCCCUGGAAUUGGGGAGUUGGGUAGACACAGAGAGAGAAAUAAGAAAAAGUUAAAAGGAAGAGUGAGUGGACGAAAGAUUUGGAGGGGAGAGACUGUGUCCUCUCUCGUCUCCCCUGUAUCUCUAUAGGGAGCUAUGGCGGAUAACAGCACUCAUCCUAUUGUGGAAAUACUGGAGUCCUUCGGAUUGAGGGAUGUGAUUCUGGCUUUCUGUCUUUCAAUGGUUGUUGGUCUUCUGCUGGGAGCUCUGGUCUACAUGAUCUUGACCUGGAUGUCUCGUCGACGGGCAUCAGCCACCAUCACACGUGUACCCAUCCACCAAUCCCACUCCACCACCCGUUCAUCCUCGCCACGCUCUCGGCCAGGCUACAGUCGACACAGCAGUGGCUAUGACCGAUGCAGCAAUAACAGUCUGGCCAGCGCUGCCUUCUCCUUCCAUCGGCAAACCUCAUCCUCACCGAUAGACUAUGGUGACUCGCCAGGACGCAAGUCCAGCUUCCGGGCCUCUACUUUUCAUCCUCUUCUCCAGUGUAGCCAGAUUGCUCGUGAGGCAGAAGGGGGUGCCCAGGGCAGCCUGCCACGGACCCCCACUCUCACUACCAGCCCUGGGAAGGCCGGAUCCACCAGCACUGUCAAUUCCAUGGUCACUCCACCCCGGGCCAGAACCAGACCAGAUUCCUUCUGGGGCAAUAGCAAUCUAAGGGCCUUUCAUGCUGGCCAGACUCCACCACCUGCCUAUGAGAGCAUCAUACGAGCCUAUCAAUAGACGACCACGUGAAGGAAGGGGAGAUGCUACAGUGAUGGGGGAAGAUAAAUGUAAUAGACUUGGACUAGAAAAUUGGACUGCUGAAAGCAGUAUGGAUGUCUUACAACUUAAACUGACAUGUCCAGUUUUUCAAUGUGUGUAUAUGUACAUAUUUCUGUUUGUUUGUACUCU